CACGACACACACAGUGAGAGACCCUGAAUCCUGUCAAGUAAAGACUCAAUUAGGCUGACCCAAUUCGUUCAGUCAUGGCAGGCAAGGCCCACCACCCAAUCCACAUCCACCCGGUCCGACCGCUCUACCGCUUCACGGCCACGGCCCUGGGCGCCAGCAUGUGGUUCUUCCUCAUGUACCGCGCCAAGAAGGACGGCCCGGCUCUUCUGGGCUGGAAGCACCCAUGGGACCACUAGACGACGGAUCCCGUAUGCCUCGAAACAUAUCCGUCUUUCCACAAUACCAUGCGCAAUUCUGUUGAAGUCGGGCUCGAUCCAUUAGAGCGCUCUAUCAUGCUUUUAUUUUCAUCUGGAGAGUCCUUGGUCUAGGUGGGGCUUGACCGGGUUCAGUUGAAAUGUAUUAUACCAUUUCCGUUUGGAGACAAUGCGACACUGAUAAAGUGCAAAAAAGAAAAAAAACGCUCUAUCUAUCUAUAUUCCUCGCUCUUAUUACAAAGUACAGUUCUAAUGCCAUGUGACCGUCGCAGAUCACAGGCGCAUCUGCUCCAAUAGAAUCUUGUACUGGCGGCGCUUUUUGCGGUAGUUGGGCUGCAGACGUGCGCGGAUGUGGCCAAUGAUGUGAGCCAGACGAGGGAAAGCAAUUGUCUCGGCCAUCAAGGCGAGAGCAAAUGCUCCAAGGGCCAAUGCCACAACCCAGCUGCGGAAGCCAUCUGACAUGAAGGUCAAUUC